GAGAAACCGGAAAUGUAGCGAUUAUUCAUCCAAAGAUAUAUCAUGUGGAGUUUAAAUAGCACAGUGUAUGUUUUAUUGAGGACAUGGCUUGUUUGUGUUUCGCUUUUCGUCAGCCUCGGACUGGCUGGGAAAAUGAAGAUUGUGGAGGAGCCAAACACGUUCGGGCUGAACAACCCGUUCAUGGCGCAGGGAAACAGGCUGCAGCCCAAAGUCUCUCCAGCGCCUGUGUCUGGCCCGGCGCAUCUUUAUCGUCUUGCAGGAAAGUGCUUCAGUCUCAUAGAAUCGAUGUAUAAAUACGAGUUCUGUCCCUUCCACAACGUGACUCAGCACGAGCAGUCGUUCAGGUGGAACGCCUACAGCGGCAUACUGGGGAUCUGGCAGGAGUGGGAAAUGACCAACAAUACUUUUACAGGCAUGUGGAUGAGAGACGGCGACACAUGUGGAACCAGAAACAGAGAAACAAAGGUGGUUCUGGUUUGCAGCAACAGCAGCAAACUGGUCCAGGUGUCGGAGCCCAGCACCUGCAUUUACUCGUUGACCUUUGAGACGCCGCUCGUCUGCCAUCCACACUCGCUGCUGGUGUACCCCACCCUGAAUGAGAAGCUGCAGAAGGAAUGGGACGAGGUGGAGCAGGCUCGCUACGACGGCCUCAUUACUGAGCAGGGCUACAACAACCUUCUGAGAGACGUUUUUGAGGAUGCUGGACUCCUGAAGAGCAACAAAGUGACAGAGAUUGUUCCAGAGGCUGAAACACGUUCAGAAAAACACAACUCCUUACAGAAAUGCGAAGAAGAUUAUCAGAAGCAGAGUGAAGAGCUGGCCAGGCUGCGGGCUCUGCUCACCCUGAACAAUAUUCCCUUUGACUCGGAGCCAAAUGAGGAGGAGAAAGGGGCAACGACAGCACCGGCUAACGAUCAACACCUGAGAGGAGACACGGGCCUCGUAGACCAGCCUGAAGAUCUACGUCACCAACAGGAAGUUCUGCGUCACUAACAGGAAGUUCAGGGUUUCUGGUUUGUUUUCUGAAGUUCCGGUCAGUUUCAGCCUCUGAGGUCCACAGAAAACAGCCUCAUGUUUGGAGGACUUGGAUGCAGUUUGGACUUUAACUUGUGAAUUUAUGUUAUGUGCAACAUUGUUGGAAUUAAAACAAGACAAAAAAAAAUGCAAUAUGUCCUUUUUAUAAUUACAAGAAUAAAGUCAUAAUAUUAUGAGGGUAAAAAUUGAACAACAAAGUGACUUUAGUUUUUCAACUUUUGUGUUAUUCUAACUUUAUUGUAUUUUUAUGACUUAAGUUGCUCCUUAUGACUUUUCUCAUGUUACUCCAACUUUGUUCUUGUAUUAAUACAAUUAUUUAGAUAAUGUCUGUAUUAAAGGGAUAUGUUCCCUUUAAUACUUAGCUUAAUCUGCCAACCGCACUUGAACAAUCUGAAAGCAGAAAUUUUUGGCACAUUUGUGGCACAUUUUCACAUUUCUUCAGUUUCAGCGCAAAUGAUCUUUAAAUCCUUAACUUGGCCUUUGAUUCUUGGUGGGCUUGAUGCAGAAGUUGAAUUCAGUAGGAGCUUCAUAUCGUUUGGAGCCGUCACGUUUUAAACGUUCUUUAGAUUAGCGAAUUCCUUUUAGAAGCCAAUGACCUGUUCACUUGGUGGAUAUGUAAGACCAGAGUGUCGGAGGGUGAAGAACAUCUUCUUCCGAGACGUCUUAAAGUCCUCUAAGUAGAAAAGUCCCUUGAUCUGAGGAGAUUCCCAUUCGAGGAAACGCUUGUAAUCAAACGCAUUUAAUUGAGUAACAGUUUUGAUGUCGUCUUCCUCACUAUCAUGCAACAUUCAAUAACCUCAAUAAAUGCCAUAAUUCUUGGAGUUCAGAAGGCAAUCUUGAAACGUCAUAAGAAGCAGCAAUUUGAAAGGAUUUUUUCUGUGUUUUACACCAUUUUAAGUCAUAAAAAGGUGUCUUUUUUGUGCGGCUUUUUAACCUGAAGCUUGGUAAAAGUGGUGAUAUGUGGCACUUCUAGCUUUCCAUACAACUCUGCCUAAUACCACGUUAAACUAAACACUACAAAACAAACAGCUUCAAGUAUCAGGAGUGGUAUUAAUGUACACUUGAGUAUAUAAUGUACAUCCCUGAUCCUGUGUGAAUAAAUUUACUUUUGAUUUUUCAUAAAGGAACAAAGCAGUGAAAUGAUUUACUCUAAAGUCAGUUCAUAGCAAAAAAGAAAAUGAUUUAUUAUAAGAAACAUCAAAUAAAUAUGCCGCUUAUAGCUGUGCUAAGUAUGUAAAUCUGUUUUCAAAACAGAUAAAUCAUUCAGUAAAUUAGAAUAUGUAUAAAAGUAGUUAUUUGUGGCACUUCUGGAUUUCCAUACCCCACUGCCUAAUAACAUGCUGCACUAAAAACUAUUAUGAUAAAAAAAAAACAUUUUCAACAAAUUUACACUUGAUUUUUUUUUUUUAAAGAAUCAAAAUAAAGCAGUGAGUUUGUUCACUCUUCUUCAUGGGAGAAACAAUGUUUAAGAAAAUUUGUAAAAAAAAAAAUUACAAUAAAGUGGCUUUCUUUUCUGUUA